GAUACAAGCCUUGUCUGUGGUAUUGGGGAUCAUCAUAGCAAGUCUCACAUCAGUAAAAGAGAUUGAAAGGGGCUGAGAAGAUGUUAAAUAGAGAGGCAGGAGAGAGGGGUGUGAUCAGCUCUCGUUGAGAAUCUAACAAGGCAGGAGGGAGAAGAGGGACUCGCAACACCACAGUGCAGCCGUGACAUGAAAGAGAAGCUGUGAAGAGGAGGAAAAAGACAAGGAUCUCCUUAUUCUUUCAAGCAUCAUGAAAAUAACUAUCCAAAUCAUGUGCAUCUUUCUGUUGAUAACCUUGUAUGAGUGUGCAGUAAUCACAGGGGCCUGUGAAAGGGACCUCCAGUGUGGAGUUGGGACAUGCUGCGCCAUCAGCUUGUGGCUCCGGGGGCUCCGGAUGUGCACGCCAUUAGGGCAAGAGGGAGAUGAAUGCCACCCCAUCAGUCAUAAGGUUCCUUUCUUUGGAAAACGGCAACAUCAUACCUGUCCAUGUUUGCCAAACUUCAUAUGCUCCAAAUUCAUUGAUGGUCGAUACCGAUGUUCAAUAGACUUCAAGAGCAUGGACUUUUAAUGGAAAGGAAAGCUGCAUAGUCCUUCCUAAUCUGCAGUGCAUAUUAAACACAUCCUUAUGUCUUUGACAUCCCAUGAGAACAAUUCAGUGUCCAUUUACACAAGCAUUGUCCAUUGACAUUAAUGGAGUCAGUGAUUCAUCAACACCCAAGAAUUGUGCUCACAAAUGAAUCAGGGGAGAGUUUAUAAUAUAAUUGAUUAAUUGAAAUAAGUUUGGGGAAUUGCUGUUUGCACUCCAUCCUAAAAAGGCUGUUGAUCAGUUGUGCUUGCCUAGAGCAGACUCUCCAACCCUCACAUGUUUCAGACUACAUCCCCCAAGAGCCUCAGCCACUGGUUUUUAAAGGUUUUCACAUGCCACCCUGAGCGUGUGUGUGUGUGUGAAAAUCAAAUCAGGAUUGCAAUAUGGGAGGUUCAAACCUUUCCCCCUAUAGAUUUCCCCCAAUAAAAUCCCCUCUGCAACUGCCAGCUGCCCUGUAGGACAAAACCUGUUGUAUGUUCCCCUAGUACUGUGGUCUUGCUUAUAUUUCUUCCUCCUCCUCAUCCAUGACUGCUAUUAAAUCUUUAAAGUUCAAAGUCCCAUCUAGUUUGGCCCUGCCCCGAUUUUCAUUAUUAAAGCCUGAAUAAGUAUUAUAAGUUUUUUUGCUAUUGGGUGAGCUCUGCAGUUGACAUGCACCCCUCUACUGACACACACACAGAGGGAGAGGGAGAGUGCGAGAGAGAGAGUGCUGUAUUCUUCCAGUACCAGUUUCCAGACUUCCAUAUGCUCUGGACAGACUUUUACUUCUUCCCUUAAACACUCUUCCACCUCCACCCCCAGGAACUCAGCCAGUGGAAUUGUUUUUCCUGUUUAUGUAGAUACCAUCCCACAGAUUAUUAAAAAAAUUAUUAAAAUAAGAAGCCAAUUCUUAAAAUAAAUAAAUAAAAACCUUGAAACGUUCCUCAGGGGGGAUGGCUGGAGGGAAAGAGAAAGACAAGUGAUAUGAUUGCCACAAGGACUGACCACAUCUGCAUUCCACACAGCUAGUUCUCACUGGAAUCAAGAGGAAAGCCUUGCUUUUUAUCUUGACUCAAUUUGACAAUGUGUACAUCUAUUGAAAAAUAGGCUGAGCGUGAAUUCCUAGCAGGCUCACUGCUGAAGAUGUGUAUAUCCGAAUCGCAGCCUCAAGUACAUUGCUUUGACUAUGGAUUGAAGCCCAGAAUUACGGGGCCUGAAUAUGCCAUAUAAUAUGGAAUGUUUCUCUGUAAUGUGUACAUUUGUUUUUUUAACCAUCAAGUGUGCUGUAUUGUAUUUUGAAUUAUU